AUGAAGACCACUACUAUCCUAACCACCACCUGUUUCGUCUUCUCGCAAGUGGCGUCUUACGCCAUGGGAAUUCCAACUUCGGGCACAUAUAAACGGAGUAAUACAACUUUUCCCGGCACAAGUGGACUGGAUUUCACUAUCGACGGUACUGCUGGAUAUUUUGCUGGUAGCAACGCUUACUGGCUAGCGUUUCUAACCGAUAACGAUGACGUCGAUCAAGCUCUAGCUGACGCGGAGAGCUCUGGGCUGCGUAUCAUGCGUAUCUGGGGUUUCAACGACGUUAACACGGUUCCUACUGAUAACUCCGUGUAUUUUCAACUUCUCGCGGAUGGGAAAGCGACGGUCAAUACUGGCGCGGACGGUUUGGAGCGUCUAGACUACGUCGUUUCUUCCGCCGAGAGCCACAACAUCAAGUUGAUCAUCAACUUUGUAAACUAUUGGUCAGAUUAUGGUGGAAUGGCAGCCUAUGUUAACGCGUUUGGUGGUAGCCUUACUUCUUGGUAUACCGACGAUGAAAGCCAAGCAGCCUAUCAGAAUUAUAUCAAGACCGUCAUCUCGAGAUACAUCGAUUCGCCGGCAAUAUUUGCUUGGGAACUUGCCAAUGAGCCUCGUUGCAGCAGUUGCAAUGUCUCAGUAAUCCAUGACUGGGUUGCGUCUACCAGUGCCUUCAUCAAAUCAAUAGACUCGACGCAUCUGGUGGCCAUUGGAGAUGAGGGGUUCGGCUUGGAUAUCAACUCCGAUGGAAGCUAUCCUUACGGCUAUUCCGAGGGCUCUAACUUUACCUUGAACCUAGAGGUUGAUACCAUCGACUUUGGCACAUUCCAUCUUUAUCCUUCCAACUGGGGUACUUCUGACUCUUUCGGUAGUCCCUGGGUCACUGCGCAUGGCGAUGCAUGUGCAGCAGCAGGAAAACCCUGUCUUUUUGAGGAGUAUGGCGUGAAAUCAGACAAAUGUAGCGUUGAAGGAGAAUGGCAGAAAACAGCGGUCGGUACUAAAGGUAUCGGUGCGGAUACCUUCUGGCAAUUUGGAGACACUCUAAAAAGUUCCGGAAAGUCUCCGAAUGAUGACUACACUGUCUACUAUGGUACUGAUGACUACACUUGUUUGGUCACCGAACAUAUCGCGGCAAUCUAG